CUUCAGUUUAUCCGUAGACACCAGUAUUCAGGCUGUCAGUGCAACUACACUAGUUUGCUGUGUCUCUCCUUCUCAGUUCAAAGCUGCGUUUUUAAACCCGUCGGCUUCCUAGAGCAAAGUGUAAAGAUGGCACAGUCCGUUUUGAUUGUUGCUGUUCUCUCAGUUGUGCUGUCCGGUGUGUUUGCUGGAGUGUUUUUUAACCCAAAACAACCGUGUUAUGUCCGCUCACCGAGGAGAAACGACUUUGGGCUGAGGACUGCUCCUCGCCCUCAUGAGUAUUUAAACAUUUCUGAUCUGCCCAAAUCCUGGGACUGGAGGAACUUGAAUGGUAUAAACUAUGUGAGCACGACCCGUAACCAGCACAUUCCACAGUACUGCGGCUCCUGCUGGGCCCACGGCAGCACCAGCGCUAUGGCAGACCGCAUCAACAUUAAGAGGAAAGGAGCAUGGCCAUCAGCUUACCUCUCUGUCCAGCAUGUCAUCGACUGUGGUGACGCUGGAAGUUGCCAUGGAGGGGAUCACACUGGAGUUUGGCAGUAUGCUAACACUCAUGGCAUCCCAGAUGAGACCUGCAACAACUACCAGGCCAAAGACCAGCAAUGCAAACCCUUCAACGAAUGUGGCACCUGUACCACCUUUGGAGUGUGCAACAUUGUGAAGAACUACACCCUGUGGAAAGUGGGAGAUUAUGGAGAUGUGAGUGGGAGAGAGAAGAUGAUGGCAGAGAUCUAUGCCCGAGGGCCCAUCAGCUGUGGGAUUAUGGCCACAGAUAAACUGGAUGCCUACACUGGAGGUCUGUACUCUGAAUAUCAGGAGGAACCUUUCAUCAAUCACAUCGUGUCGGUGGCGGGGUGGGGAGUGGAGAACGGCGUGGAGUACUGGAUCGUACGUAACUCAUGGGGAGAACCAUGGGGUGAGAAAGGUUGGCUCAGGAUCGUGACCAGCGCCUACAAGGGAGGAAGUGGCAGCAAAUACAACCUGGCUGUGGAAGAGGACUGCAUGUUUGGAGACCCGAUUGUCCCUAAAUCCUACGAGUAGACACCAAAGAGUGAAGAGGUUGCCACUGCACUGUUGUGUGUUUCUGUUUCAGGCAGAGGAUUUUUUACAUUAAAUAGUGAAGGGAAUGAGUUUAAGUUUUUGUUUCAGAGAUCUUCGGGUUUUUUAUUUUACUCAGGAUGCAUAUCAGACCUGAUUGAAUCAAUGCAGUCUUUAUUUUUAUCACAUCGAGGGCUGUUUGACAGUCAAGAACUUAAUGGGUUAAUUUGAGGGAACAUUGAAGUAGAGUGUGACACUUUAUUCAAGCACUGUGUGCUGAAUAGUCACAAUGGAUGAAUGCGAAUGCCUAAUUUCAUUUGAUUUAGAGGGAAAAACUUUUGUUGCUGUUGUUGAUAGUUUUAAUGUAAAUUCAACUGAAUUCAAAGCCAAAGAGUAGUAUUUAUGAUUAGUACUGCACUGUCAGACACUGGAGGUUUUCAGUGCCAAUGUUCAUGCUUUAUGUUCUGCACAAUGCUCUGAAUAAGGAUUUUUUAAAAAAGGAAAAUCAACUCUGAGUGUGCCUUACAGGACUUUCACUCAAAUGUGUUCAUAUAAUAUCUUCAUAUCUGAAUAGUCAUCACAUGGUACAUUUAGCAAAAAUGUAUUUUUUUGUUUACAAACUUUGCCAAUAAACACAACUUUAUAUGAUUCUUCACA